UGUAAUUUGAAACGGUGUUUAUAUACCCGAGAGAGGAUGAUACAAGUUCCAAACAUGAGCGAAUCCCACUUAAUCAAUUGAAAUAGAAAAAGGUUAACUCAAAAGACACUUUGAGAAAGAAAGUGAACGUGUUGAUACUUUGAUACCAUGGAAAAUCCACAUUCGCCGUCGCAAAACUCCAUCGAUGGUGGUCAUCGAACCAGUCUAACUAACCACCAUCCUGUAACUCCAUCAACAUUGUCGUCCUCGUCGGUUGAUGCUGUUGAAAAUAAGAAAUCCAUGAAGAAAGAUGAUUGCGGUUCUGAAGCUAAAACAAAGCCUUUUGAUAUUUGCACCCCCAAACCAAGUGGAGGUGUUAGUGUUUUGAAACCAUCUUUGUUUGCAGUGAACAGGGGAAAAAGGAAUGAAAUGAAACAAAGUAGCAAAGAAAUUGUGUUAUUAAGACCUGGGAUGGUUCUUUUGAAAGGUUACAUUUCGAUAACCGAUCAAGUUAAGAUAGUGAAAGUGUGUAGGGAAUUAGGGUUAGGUGAUGGAGGGUUUUACCAACCUGAUUAUGAUGACAAGACUACUUUGCAUUUGAAAAUGAUGUGUCUUGGUAAAAAUUGGGAUCCUCAAACAAAUAAAUAUGUAGAUCAACGACCAUCCGACGGGUCUGUUCCACCAAAAAUUCCUCCUGAAUUCUUGACCUUGGUUCACUCUGCAUUAGAAGAUUCACAUUCAGUCACUAGACUCUCUAACUCCAAACCGCCUUUCACGUUCUUGCCUGACAUCUGUAUUGUCAAUUUUUAUUCUCAAAAAGGCCGCCUUGGUCUUCAUCAGGACAAGGCUGAAAGUAAACCGAGUCUCUCUGCAGGGUUGCCCGUGGUGUCAUUCUCUAUUGGAAAUUCUGCAGAGUUUUUGUAUGGUGAUGGAAGGGAUGUUGACAAAGCAAACAAAGUUGUUUUGGAAUCUGGGGAUGUUGACAAAGCAAACAAAGUUGUUUUGGAAUCUGGGGAUGUUUUGAUCUUUGGUGGCAAAGCUAGAAAUGUCUUUCACGGCGUUAGUGCUAUUAAGCCAGACAGUUCCCCUAUCAGCUUGAUUACAGAUACUAAUCUCCGGAAUCCUGGCCGAUUGAAUCUUACUUUCAGGCAGUAUUAAGUUAAAAUGCCUCUGCUUUUUCACCAUCAGAUUAGUCUGAUGUCUAUUUCACCUGUUUCCUGGGGCAGGGCUUGUAAUCUAAUGCUAUGACAUGCUAAUUUUGUAUCCGUUUUGGGUUCUCUGUCUGUAUAAUCUCAGUUGUUUCAAAAGCUAGAAAUGCAUUUUCAGAUUAA